CCGCGCCAUGAAGCACCUUCCGGUCCUCGAGGACGGGCCGUGGAAGACCGUGUGCGUGAAGGAGCUCCACGGCCUCAAGAAGCUCCAGAGGAAAGGCAAAGAGCCGGCGCGGCGCGCGAACGGCUAUAAAACUUUCCGAGUGGACUUGGAAGCGCCCGAGCCCGGAGCCCUCGUCCUCCGCGGGCUGCGGGACACGACCCAGCGGCUACAGCCGACUCUGGCCCUGGUGCCAGCCCCGGCGGCUCCGGCUCCCCUCCCAGGUGGGGGAGCGGACACGGUCGGGGAGCGCGGGAGCGCCAGGGUGCCUGAGGUCUUGGACGCCAGGAAGCGCAGCUUCGCCCUGGGCGCCGUGGGGUCGGGCCUCCCCUCCCCGCCGCCGCCGCCGCCUCCUCCGGCGCCCCAGGGCCAAACCUCAGGACCCCCCGAGGCGCAGCCAGGUCGGGAGCAGGGCCUGCGUCCCCGAAUCUUGUUGUGCGCGCCCCCAGCGCCCCCGGCACCCUCCGUGCGCCCCGCGCCCCUGACGCGCCCCGGGGAAAGUUCCUACUCAUCAAUUUCACACGUAAUUUACAAUAACCACCCGGAUUCCUCGGCGUCGCCUAGGAAACGGCCAGGCGAAGCGACCGCCGCCUCCUCGGAGAUCAAAGCCCUGCAGCAGACGCGGAGGCUCCUGGCGAACGCCCGGGAGCGGACCAGGGUGCACACCAUCAGCGCCGCCUUCGAGGCGCUCAGGAAGCAGGUGCCCUGCUACUCUUACGGGCAGAAGCUGUCCAAACUGGCCAUCCUGAGGAUCGCCUGUAACUACAUCCUGUCCCUGGCGCGGCUGGCCGACCUGGACUACAGCGCCGACCACAGCAACCUCAGCUUCUCCGAGUGCGUGCAGCGCUGCACCCGCACCCUGCAGGCCGAGGGCCGUGCCAAGAAGCGCAAGGAGUGACCGCCUCGAAGAACCAGACCAAGGACGCUGCCACCAGCCUCUUCAGGACUGAAGGAGACAGUGUGUGCCCGCCAAGUCCAGCCUCAACUCCUUCUGCAAGCUGCCCCCAGACGCUCAGACCACUGCCCCUUGGGCUUGAAGAGAGCCCUUGCCUCCCACCCCUCCUCCGAGGCCCGCUGUGGGCCGCCGAAAGUCACUGCCAAAGAUUUCACAGAGCCUGUACACGGCGGGUGACAAAGCCCCCAGACAGAAACCGCACGGAUCUUCUAUCCCUUUUGCUCCCUGACUUGCCUGAGUCCCAUCUCAAGCCAAAGACACACCAGCAAUUCCAUUCGGACCACAUGGGAGGGAGGGCAUUCAGUGGCGAUUGGAAGCAUGAUCUCGGACCCAGCUCUCUCGCAUUCUCUCUCUGGGCCCUUGCGUUGGUCCAAUGGGCUGGGUGCAGGGCGAGCCUUCUCUGGGCUGGAGUGGGAGGCUCGGGAACCACUGGUGGGUAGGGAUAGGUUCUGAGUCUCUACUCUCCCACCCCCCGGGUGCCCCAGCCUUCUGAUCCUGAUUCUCCAGCUUGUCUGGGUCCAGGAUGCCACUGGGACCCUGAGCACCGUGGGAAGGACGUCUGGGAGAAGAAGCCAUGUUGACUCCCUGUUCCCCACCCCAGGGACUUGCUCUAAGAAGACUUGCCUAAGGACUUUGCUUCCCCAGCCAGCUCCUCCUCACCAGUGCCCUCUGGGCCCUGCAAACACGGUGGUGCCCUCCUUGGAAGCCAGAGGCCCCAUAGGCUGUGCCGGGGGGCAGAGGGAGGAAGGGACCAGGGGAAUGGGCCAGUGUGUGUGUGUAGGGCGGUGGGGGGGGGACAUGUUCAAGGCCAAGGCCUGCUCCUUCCCUGUGUUCGAAAGGCCAAAGCUGUCCUCAUCUGUGCUCAGCCAUCUGCUUCAAAUUGAAGUAAAAGCCCUUACGUGUCAAGACAA